UCUCCGCUUUUGGUCCAUGUUUGAUCAUGUUAUCAGAGAUCCAUUGAUGAUGGCUCUUUAUAGUCAACAGGCAUGCCCCCAACCCAGCGUGAACACACUCCGAGUUGAUUAAGCCAACGCUGAUCGACCUGUUCUGAAACCGAAAACCCAGAGUUGCUUUUCAACCCUGAACUCUGAGUCAACCAACUCAGAGCGCAGGAUUAAACUCAGAGUAUGUUAAACCAGCUACCUGAAACAGGCCUCUGAGGGAUAUGCUUAACAAGUCUGUUUUUGUUUACCUUUUUUUUGUUUACCUUUUUUGAACCCUGCCUGUUUCGGACUAAGUCUUCUGCCUAUCUGUUUUGGAUCUUCCUGCCUGCCUGUUUACGAACCCUGCCCGUACCUGGAAUCUGAUUUGCCCGCUGGACUGUUUGGGAAUAAAUCCUUUUUGAUCUGCAAUUGAUUCCCGUUCUGAGUCGUGACAGAUUGGGUUCGAAUAUAAAUAAUCAUUUAACUAAGAGUAGACUAAUGGACCUUUGAAACCUGACCCCUCACAUUUGAAGACCUUAUCUCAGAGAAAAAUAUCAACAAAGCAUAAGAGUUCUGUUGGUUCACUCUUAUAGAAAAAAGUACAAAGAAUGACAUUAAGUAAAAGGUGUGCUUUGGCACGAGUCUAGCCUGAGAGUUUAUAUUCAGCUGGCUCCACUGGGGCUUUGAUAAUGAUAAUAAUGAUACAUUUCUAUGGCACUUUUCUUGCACGCAAAGCGCUUUGGAGUUGUCUAUCUAAGAUAGAGAUAGUGGCAAUCAGGUUAAAUAGCUUACUGUGGCGUUAUAAGUGCUCAUGCAUGCUGCUGUAGAAAGGUACAUUUACCUGACAGCAGACCUAAUAAGCACCUCAUCCAGGACAAACCCUUCAGGUCUCAGUGGAAUGUGGGAAUGUGGAUGAGCUACAACGAACUUGCUGCGGGACUUGCAAUGCUUUGCAACUUUUUUUCUUCAUAAUCUGCUUCCAGCAGGCCAUUGAUCAUUCCAACACAGGGUUUCUUCUGGUAUCAUGAACAGGUUUGAACUUAUCCUUGAGGAAAUUGGGGGAUUUGGAUUCUUCCAGAAACGAUUGACGGUGUUACUGCUUAUUUUGAACAUUUCAAUUGGUGUGGAGACCUUUCUUUCAGUUUUUACUGGACAGAACUUCCCUUACCACUGCAGAACCGACUGGAUAAUUGCCAUUAGCCCUAACUUAACAUAUGAAAAGCAACUCAACCUUACCAUCCCCACUAGAGAAGAUGGGGAGUAUGACAGCUGCAAGAUGUUCACACCUGUGGAUUUGGAUUUAGAAACGAUUGAAGCAUACGGGAUUAAUAGUACCACAAACUGCAUUGAAGGAUGGGUUUACAAAAGGCCCGAAAGCACUUCCAGUUAUAUGACGGAGUUUAAUCUAGUUUGUGACGACAGCGGUUUAAAUGAGGCAACCCAGUCCAUUUACAUUGGAGGACUUCUGCUUGGAGGGCUGGUAUUUGGAGCAAUGGCUGACAGGUUUGGCCGCCGGUAUGUUGCCCUGCUCAGUUUGUUUCUCCAGCUCUUGUUUGGUGUUGCCUCGGCUUUCUCACCACACAUCUAUGUUUACAUUGCGCUUCGAUUUGUCGUUGGUGCCUCAGUUUCUGGCGUUUGGAUUAAUUCAUAUGUCAUAGGGGUGGAGUGGACCUGUACCUCAAAACGGGGUUUUGUCAGUAUCUCUUCACUUACCUUUUUUUCUGUUGGACUGAUGAUGAUGUCAGGCGUUGCCUAUUUUGUCCGUGAUUGGAGGAAUCUACACCUGGUGUUCUCAAGCCCUCUGAUCCUGUUACUUCUAGCCGGAUACUGGCUAAUGCCUGAAUCAGCCCGCUGGCUUUUGACCCAGGGCAGGGUGAAGGAGGCGCAAAAGGAGGUCCUGAGGGCAGCCAGGGUGAACGGAAGAACAAUCUCUGAGGCCAUGCUCAGCCAGUUGGAGGAUGACUUGGAGACUAAGAACGUGUCAAAAAGCACAGGCAUGUUGGACGUUUUCAGGGAGCCAUAUUUAAGAAAACGUGUUCUCGUCAUGAGUUUUAUGUGGUUUGGAGUGAAUAUGGUGUACUAUGGAUUCAGCCUAAAUGUUGGCAGUUUUGGCGUGGAUAUCUACCUCACUCAGUUCAUCUUUGGCCUUGUAGACAUUCCUGCAUGCAUCGGCAGUGCUGUACUCAUUGAGCAUUUUGGGAGGAGAAAAUGUCAAGCCGUGUCUAUGUUUUUUACUGGCAGUGCUUGCAUUUUGAUGCUGGCGAUUCCAAAUGACUUUAUUGCGGCUACGACAGUCGUCGCUUCACUUGGGAAGUUUGGAUCCAAUGCUGCCUAUUCCGUCAUCUAUGUUUACGCUACAGAAAUAUACCCGACUACUGUAAGGCAGAGUGGGCUUGGUAUAAAUUCCAUGUGUGGUCGUAUUGGGGCCAUCCUAGCUCCUCUCAUCAGACUGCUACAGGUCUACCACCCUGCCAUCCCUAUGGUGUUGUAUGGCACCAUUCCCUUAAUAGGCGGGUUGCUCUGCUUUCUGCUGCCCGAGACCCUCAAUGUGGAACUCCAGGACCACACAGAACAGAGAAAACAACCGGAUGGGAGUUCUGAUACUGAAUUCCCUGCAAGCAAGUUAAAUCAACGGAAAUAAAUGAUUCAUAACAAAAAUCGUAAUCCUUUUCAUUGUUCAGCCACAGAAAAUCUAAAAUAAUAAAUGAUCUUGCCACUUUGCCAUUCAUUCCUUGAAGUCACAGAAUAGUCAAUGAUUUUAUUGAAUAUGCACGCAU